CACACACAAGCCACUGACACGGACACGCGCGCCCUCUCACGCGCGCUCUCGGACUAUAUUUGGGGGCGCUCGCGCAGAGAAACAGUUGAUGACGGAGCUGCUGGAUGUUUCUGAACAAACACCGGUGACAACUAACAGGUAUCGAUCGGGCUGCAGAGCCCUGAAGACAAACAGAUACAGACAUGAUCCCCUAUUCUCCCUGAGGAUCUGACCAAUCAGCAGUCAGGAUGAUGCCCAAGCAGCUGGCUCAGACGUCUCCAGGGAGCGUGUUGUCGCUGAGAGGGUCGAGCGUCCCGGGAUCCCCCGCCGCCGCCAUCGUGGCCAGGGUGGAGGACGGGGUCAUCGGCUAUAAGGACUUGGCAGCGUUACCCAGAGACAAAGCCAUCCUGGACAUAGAGAGACCAGAUCUGAUGAUCUACCAGCCGCACUACAGCUACAGCCCGCUGGAGAGGUCCUUGUCUCCUCGCUCCAUCUCUCCUCCUGCCUCCCCAGAGAAGGAGUCCAGGGAGUGGCUGGAGAACCGUUCUCCCGGAGGCUCCUCCCCUUGUUCCACCAUCCAGACCAGCAGAACACACAGCACACACACACCGCCCACACCAAACACACCAAACACACCACACACACACAUCUCCAGCACCAAGAGCACCAUGCAGCACUUCCACAGGCCGGAAAAUGGCACCAACAUCUAUAAGAAGCCUCCCAUCUACAAACAAGAAGCGUGUGUGUCCUCUCAGCUCCCUCAGGGGAAACACAUCGUGGAUUUGAUCAUCGAGUCCUCAAAGUUUCCAGCAGCUCAGCCUCCGGACCCGAACCAGCCCUCCAAGAUCGAGACCGAGCACUGGCCCUGCCCCCCCUCGCUGGCUGUGAUUGAGAAGGAGUGGAGGAAGAAGGAUGGGAGGGAUGAAGAUGAGGAGGAGGAUGGAGAGCUGGAUGACGAGCUGUGGGGACUCAGAGCUCUUCAGAAACAGGAACUCAACAAGAUUCAGUCUAAUCUGGGAAAAAUCAUCCUGAAGGAGGAGCUGGAGAAAUCUGCUCCUCUGAGGAGGAAAACUCGAUCGCUGCCCGACCGCAGCCAACACACAGGGUCCAACGCAACCAAGUCGGUGUAUUUCCCAGCAUCCUCUAAGAGCGGCCUGUCCAGGGUGAGUGCUGCUCCACAGAAUCGUCCAAUCAGAGCAGAGCUUACUGAUGAUGACGUUGAUGUCUGACAUGUUUGUGUUUGUUUUCAGCUGCAGUCGGCAGAGUUCAGCUCCUCGGAGAAAACUCCUGCAGAUCUUCAGAACGGAGACUCCAGGAUGGACCGAGGGAACUCUCUGCCCAGCAUGUUGGAUCACAAGAUUUGCCCCUAUGAGGUGCUGGUGGUGACUCACAGAGGGCGGAGCAAACUGCCCCCAGGUGUGGACAGAACCAGGCUGGAGCGCCACCUCUCUCAGGAGGAGUUCUUCAGUGUUUUCGGGAUGUCCAUCGAGGAGUUCGACAGCCUCUCUCUGUGGAAGAGGAACGACCUGAAGAAGAAAGUCUGUCUCUUCUGACGCACCACCCCCCCCACAACCCCCCCUGCUCUUCCUGGAUCACUGCAGGACCCUGAAACCACGCGGACUCAUUAUUAUCACCGCUGCCACCGCCUCCACCCUCAUCAUCACAGUCAGACGCUCAGUGAGCCGUCAGGUUUGAUUCACAGUGGAGUUUGAAUGAGUUUAGAUUCCUGCUGCACACAUCAACUCCUGCAGAACCAAACGCUUCAGUUUCUAAACGCCUGUGGAAAAUGUGUUAGAAACCAAACUGCAGAUUGAGUUAGCACAAAGAGUCAACCUGCAGGUCAACAAGCACAGAGCAGCUCCAGCUUUAAUGGCUUCUGAUCAGAGCUCCACCUGAGAGCAGAGGGACUCCAGUGGGUUCACCUGGAGAUGAAGGGGCGUGGUCACACCAGCGUUAUGUCAUUUCAUUUUAAUAAAAUUGCUGCAAUCAGUGAAGUAAAUUCAUACUUAUCUUUUUGUGUUGAGUUUUAGUUUGGUCAGCGUUAACAGGUAAAUCUGCUCUAAAACUGUUUCGACAUUCUGGAGGUGUCUGAGCUCAGAGACUGCAACUUUAAAAAGACUAAAUGCACCAAAGUGUGAAAGCCUCUAAUGUCUUAGGACAACUUGAGGUUUUAGUCGCACAGUGUUAGAUUUAGCAGAGAUGAGGGAUCUUGCAGGGUCACUGUUUGCAGCCUCUGAGAGUGUUUCCCAUCCUGCUCCUGGUGGAAAAUAUUACACCAAACUCCCUUUAAGAAAUAAGACAUUUUAACGACUCCUUAAUUGUCGGCAGAAACACAUCACUCUAGAAACACAAGAUAACAGACGUCACAUGUCGACAGUAUUCUUGUCAAUUCGGCAUCAAUAGAACCCAUAAAGAUGAACUGUAUUUAUGUACAAACUGUACAUUUUGGAUUUUGUCGCAUCAACUUGCUGCCAACCUCCGUUAGUGAGCUGCGCUGUUUUUCAUUGUCAUUUCCUGGUGUGACCCGGCCCGUGAUGUCAGAUCAUUCAUCUGAAAGCUUUUAACUGUGAAACAAGAGCAGCCAGAUUUAACCUGUUGAAGCGCAGUUGUUUGGUUGUGGUGGUGGAAUUCUGGGAAAUGUAGUUCAUUCUGCUGGUGAUCCCACUGGAGUCUCUCCGAAGGUUUCAUGUUAAUCCCACGAACUUUAGCAUCAAAAGUCUGAAACUGAAGCUGAAGCUGCUGUUUGAAGCUGAAGCUGCUGUUUGAAGCUGAAGCUGCUGUUUGCCUCCUGACAGAUUAAUUUCCAUCAGACUGAAGUGAAUAUUUUAUCUCGCAGCUCUCGGCUGCAGUCGGGCUUUAAAUCAAACAUUCCUGCUGACUCUGAGUCAGAGUUCAACACUGAUCUGACGCUGACUGUCAGCCAUCUUUACAAAGGAUUGCUCCUAUUGGCUCAGCCAGCUAUGAUGUCAUAACGACAGCAUUUGUUUCCCAGCACCUAAAAAGAAGAAAAUAAGGAGACAGUUUGAUCAGAGUUUGAUGUUGAACAUCACGACCAGCAGCAGGAAGCGAAUCACUGAACAUGUUCAUAACGAGCUGAACUCAUGGUGUCAGUGAAACAGCUGCUGAUAAAUAUAUUUAUCUUAUUACCUUCAUCAAAGUCCCGACCUGUGAUGAAGAGCUUUUUAUGUUUUAGACUUUCUCUGCUUUUCCUCACAGCUUCAGGACGUCACUGAAAACGUAAAGUUUGGUUGGUUUGGAGGGAAAACCUUUAAAAUGCUGAUGCAAUCGACCCAGUCAGCAGAAUAAAUGUUUCUGUAAACCACAGAUACAUUUGUACGUAAUUAUGUAGUGGAUACACUGAAACAACGCUGUGGUUCACAUGCAGUUAUGUUUAGGCACAAAAGCCACUUGGUUAUGGUCAGGAGAAGAUUGUGUUUUGGCUUAAAAUACCUGGUUUGGGGGUCAGUAUCUUGGCAGGAAACGCAGUGAUGUCUCCAUAAAAACAUCAGCUUUUUAUGGCAGUAUCUUGAUCGGAAACGCAACGCACUAUGUAAAACAACCGCUUUUCGUGGCAUAAUUUUUCAAUGGGAAAUCAACAAUGUCACAGUAAAAAUAAUCAUUUUUCGUGGCUCUACCCCUGCAGGAAACACAGCGAUGUUUCGGUAAAAACGUCUGAUAAUAACCUAUUUUUGUGGCACUAUUCUGGUGAGAAACGCAGCGAUGUCUUGGUAAAAACAACCGCUUUUUGUGGCACUAUGACAACAGGAAGCACGGUGAUGUCUUGAUAAAAACAACCACUCUUCAUGGCACUAUGGUGGCAGGAAAUGCAGCGAUGUCAUGCUAAAAACCAAAGGGCUUUUUGUGGCAUUACACCGGCUGGAAACACAGAGAUGACUGGCUUAAAUGGUGGUCUGCAGCUUGAGAGGCGUCUCGCCCAGAUGUCACGUACAAAUGUAACAUAUGCGUGGUUUGCAGAAACAUACGUCAACAUUUUCUUCUGGUGACUGGGCUGAACAGAACAUGAGCUGACGUGGACUUUAAACUUUCUGUUUUAAUUUAAUAUUCAUUUGGAGAUUUCAAAGCUCUCGUCUUUACGGGGUUUUAACAACUGACAGAGACUCUGUCGGCUGCAACAGCUGACUCCAAAAACUUCAAGGUACAAUGUUCACCAUCUUAGUUAGCAUGUUAGCAUGCAAAUAAAACCAAAGUGUUGUGUUUAUAACAUCACAUGUGACCGUCACAGUCUUUGUUUGGCUCAGUUUAGGCUGUGAAGUUUCUACGACAGGUUAAAGGUGGUUCCGACUCCAGAGAAAGAUUCAAUGAAAUCAAACUUCAUAUCAGGGUGCAGCAGAUCAAACCUUCAGCUCACACCAGCUCUGAUCAAACUGUCUCCUCAUUGGUUUUCCUUUUUUAAUACAGCAAAAGCCACUGCCCUGUUUUAUCUCAGUACACACACACAGAUAUAUAUAUCUAUAAAAACACAGACUUUUUGCAGUGUAGAAGAACAAUGAAAACCUUAAAACCAGAGACUGAGAGCAGCGUUGCGUUAACCCUGCCUCUGCACGGCUCUGGUUUGUCCAAUAAGCAGGUUGUAGACAUUUAGUGUUGCUUAGUGACCAAAUGAUGUGCAGCUAUUUUUUGAUAAUACAUAGAGAAGUGGCAUGUUUGUUAUUAAAAUGAAAAUGUAAAAUCAGUCCAUGAAUGUUGAGGAAAGAAAAGAAGACGACGGACGGAGACAAGAAGGACAAACUUUCUGAGGUUUCCAAACCAAAGGAGGACUGAGGCAUGAUGGGAAAUAACCAGAGGACAUUUCUCACCUCGACACCAGAGUUCAGCCGAACUCCGAGUGACCUGAACAUCUCCAUCAUGAACACACUUUAGUACACACAGUUAUGUGUUUAGAGAGUAUUAAUAUCCAUCAGCACACACACAGAUUAAUUAACUUCUUUAGCACCUUCAGUGAAUGAAAAACAGACGUUGGUUUAAAACUGAACUUUGAUCUGAACGGACAAUUUAAAGGUGCAACAUGUUGGAUUUGAUCUUUAAUGAAUCUAAUUAAUACAGUCGGCUUCGUAUGACGCCUGUGAACACCUGAGACGACUGCUGGGCUCCAUCACCUGAAGAAGAGAUCCACAUUUUAAAAUCACUUUUACAUCAGUUUUCACUCCUCCUGUUGCUGACAUCAUCAUCCUCACUGUGACCUCGUCACAUGUCCACGUUUGGUCAUGGACUUUCCACGUCCACAUAUGACGUCCAAGGUACCCUGGGUGUGUUGGUUGUUGACGUUCUGGGACGCCGUGUCAACUUCAGCCUGUUACAUGCAUUGUCUGUUUUCAAAAUACACUUCUGUUUUCACAGGAAAUGUUUGCAUACAGUCUCUUUCAAAAUAAAAGCACUACGUCGGUACAACAAAAGCACAUGGUUGGGUUUAGGAAAAAAGAACAGGGUUUGUCUUUACAAUCUCACAGGAUGUGAACACCGCUCUCUCCAGUGAAAGUCAGUGUUUUUUGGACCUCCUCAAUAAAUUAGUUUUAGGAUUUAGUGACAUCUAGUGGUAAAGAUUACAGAUUACAGAUUACAGAUUACAACCAUCUGACACGAGAAGGCAAAAACGUUAACGUCUCUAUGUAGAUCCAAUGCAUCAAAACAUUGUUUUCUAGUUGGAGCCGCGCCUCGUUUUCAAACUGUAUGGUUUGACUAAAAUGAACAAUGACAGCAAUAUAGUCCACGAUGAGCAGCGCUAAAAUCAACCUGCGUAGUUGUCCCUCCAUUGUGACAUUAGAAAGUGUCACAUUUAUCUUGCAAGUGUACUCUUCUUCAACGUUUGCUUUACUUCCUGGAUUUUUCCCACAUGGAAAUUCUGACCAAUCAAGAGCAGCUUUCUCACACAAGGCAUUUGAUCUGGUCCUCUUGUAAAUGUUGCCGUGAGAACACCAACCAACUCUAGGCAAUUAUACAACUUUGGAACAACAUGAGUCCCUGAUUCAGACCAGAGGAGACCACUCUAGGGCUGACAGCAGGCUGAAGCUGUUAGCCCUCCUUAGGACUGAUGCUAAGCUAGCUGCAGCACUAAGCUAACGUCAUGUCAACAACCCAGGGUACCCCACCUCUGAUAAAAACUGGGACUCAUCCAACAGUGGAGCAUUUGUCUUCGCAGCCAGGCUGUCUUCAUUUAACCAAUGCUUUUGUCCAAUGCAGUGAAUUUGUCCCCCGCAUGCAUCGAGACAACUUUAGGUUCAGCGUCUCGUCCAGCUGGUCCUCAGGUGUUUACAGUCAUCAUGUUAUUGAUUUUGUAUUAAUGUGAUUUAUUGAAGGUGAAAUGAGUGGCAGCACCUUUAAAUCAUCAGCUGUAGAGUCAGAAUGAAUUCACUCUCACCGCUGCCACAUCCCGCAUCACAAACCACACCGCCACGUCUGCCUCGCCACCACACGCUUCCUGUAUCUGUGGAAAAAAACAAAAAAAAAGACUGGAGACAAAAAAAAGAGUAGAAGAAGACUUGUGAGUUGAAGUGAGCGAGCAUUGGUCACUUUACGUUGAUGAUUUCCUUUAUUCUUUGUUUUCAUUUCUGAGGAAUGAUUCUGACGCCGUUUGAUGAUACUGAGGGGAUUUACGCUUUGUUCUGAUUGGUUGUGUGUAGUUAGAAACAGGAAGUGGGUUGCUGUGACUAACACCAUGAUGACACAAAGAUUGUUCCAUGAUUUUUUUCUUUUUGUACAUUUUAAAGUGUUUUUUUCUUUUUUAUUGAAUUAUUUUAACACGCAGGGCGACUUCGUGGGGGCGUGUCGCCGCCAACGUGUGGGAUAUUUUCACUGCUGCAUGCAUGAUGUCAUAAUGAUGAUGUCACAUUUGUAUUUAACCUUUAAUUAAAUAGAUUUAAGUAACGACACAGGAAGUUUUACUCUGGGUUUGAACCGAUGUGUCUUUGGGCUUUGAGGUCAAGCCGAGGUCAGACUGAGGUCAAACUGAGGUCAGAGGUCAGACUGAGUUCAGACUGAGGUCAGAUUGACGUCAGAGGUCGUUGGCGGUGACUCACCUGUGUGAAGCCGCCCUGCUGCUGUACAUACUGAACCACUGAAUGACGAUAUAAUUCUUGUUGUUGUUGUUUUCAUAUCUGGAUGCAGGUGAUGUAACAGAUGAAUGGUGACGUGAAUGAUUAACAUGAGUAACAAUAAAGAGCAUUUCUAUUUGCUUUGAGGA